AUGGCACCGUGUCUGUUGAUACCUUUUUGCAAGGACAAGGAUGAAAUUGAUCAUGAGCUGUUUGCAAAAGCCAUUGGAGAGGAAAAUGAGGGUGGUGGUUUUCCAGAUUAUUGCUUGUACAGCCUAGCUGAAAGAAAACUGGUGAGCCUCAACAAUGGGAGGAGCAACAGUAACAUUGUCAUACCUGAUCACGCAGUCUGCAUCGGGUCGUCCCAUGGAUGGCUGGCCUAUAUUCACUGUCGUAGUGACGACUAUGUUCUGGGUGAUGACUAUGAUCUAUAUUUAACCAAUCCGCUCAUCACUCCGGUUCCAACCACCAUCCAAAUUCCAUCCUUGAAAUGCAUUCCCAAAAGGGUUGUAAUGUCAUCUCCUCCUCCAUCAGCCUCUGGGGAUGAUCACUGCACAGUGCUAAUGGCAAUUGACUUUCAACAUUCCCUUGCCUACUACAAAUUGGGUGACUCGUGCUGGCGUGGCAAGCUAGACUAUAAGAAGUUGGUAGACGUGGAAGAUGAAGCUGAAGAUGAAGAAAAUGAAGCUGAAGAUGAAGAAAAAGAAGAUCCUUGGAAGUAUGACGAUAUUGUGUAUUCUCCCAAGGAUCAGUUGUUCUAUUGCAUAGACUACUAUAAACAAAUUGAAGCAUGGGAUCUUCGCAGUAAAGCAAGAGCUCGAGGUCCUCCUUGCAAACUGAGAAUUGCUUUUGACGAUUCCAGUUUUCAAAAACCCGAUUUCCCAGAGUAUGAACUGAAACCGAGGAGCAUUAUUGGCAAACUUUACCUAGUUGUGGACCCAUUUUCUGCAGAUAUUUUGUCUAUCCAUAGGUGUGGUGAAGUGAUUGCAAAAGAUGGAACCAUUCUUGAUGAUUGGGAGAAUUGGAAGGAUGAAUACUAUUUUAAGACUCAUCGAUUUGAAGUUUAUAGGCUCAACGUGGCUAACAAAAGUUUGGAAUACAUUGAAUGUCUGGAUGAUAGAGUGGUGUUUGUGGGAGACAAUCAGUCCUACAUGGUCUCAGCUCAAGACUUCCCUCCUGGAGUAUUGAUGCCCAAUUCUAUCUAUUUCACCCCGGAUUCCAUCUUUUUUGAGGGCACCAAAGAACCACUCCAAAAUCUAAAGGAGGCUGAUAUGGGUGUCUACAACUUGAGAGAUUUCACUGUCACACCCAUUUUUCCCUCUCAUCAUCCACUCAACAAUAUUCUGCAACCCGUUAUGUGGUUCAACCCUAACCGAUGCUAG